CUGGUUUUUAUUGCAAAUAAAAUAUGAGUUUAAAAUUAAACUCUGGUUCGUUGAUUCGCGAGCCAGAGAUUGAUCGUCGAGACGUCGACUGGUGAAGUGAAAAAUGUACGAAUCGGCGAACGUCUCCGACGACGCAGAUCGUACGGCUUUCCGGCGAGCAGAGAAAAAAUACAAACUUUACUAUGAAAAAGAUUCAAAGUUCUCUAGAAGCCGCAGGAAGAAGCUACCAAAACCAAUUGAUUUGUCGGAGUUGCUUGAUUUCAAAUUGAUUUCACAGGAUUUCAACAAUAACGGUGUUUUGCCUGACGGAAUUAGGGUUUCGAAAGUUGAUUCUUCUCCUGUGUUCUGCAUCGAGAAUCGCCCUGGUUUUUACUUUAUCCCUGGUGCAUUGAGUUUAGAGGAGCAAUGUAAAUGGAUUAAAGAGAGUUUGACGAAUUUUCCGCAGCCUCCGAAUAGAACAAAUCACAAUGCAAUUUAUGGUCCUAUUGCUGAUUUGUUCGAUUCAGCUAAAGAUAAUAAGGUAUUGGUUCAGGAGGAUCUUACCAACAACAAGUGGAAGUUCUAUGAAGAAGAUGAUAUUGCAAAAGCUAAACAAAGUUCUUGCAAAUCAGUUUCUGCUUCAGUUCUUUUGAGGAAGCUUCGAUGGAGCACUCUCGGUUUACAGUUUGAUUGGUCCAAGCGUAACUAUGAUGUUUCUCUCCCUCAUAACAACAUUCCUGACGCACUCUGUCAACUAGCUAAGACACAUGCCGCCAUUGCAAUGCCUGACGGGGAGGAAUUCCGUCCAGAGGGUGCAAUUGUAAACUAUUUUGGCAUAGGUGAUACCCUUGGAGGCCACCUUGAUGAUAUGGAAGCUGACUGGAGUAAACCCAUAGUAAGCAUGAGCUUGGGGUGUAAAGCUAUUUUCCUCUUAGGCGGAAAAUCAAAAGAUGAUCCUCCUCAUGCUAUGUAUCUCAGAAGUGGAGAUGUUGUACUAAUGGCUGGAGAAGCUAGAGAAUGCUUUCACGGCGUACCCCGUAUCUUUACGGAUGAAAAAAAUGCGGAAAUCGGUGCACUUGAAUCAGAAUUGUCCCAUGAAAGUGGGCAUUUUUUCACAGAGUACAUCAAAACUUCGAGGAUCAACAUAAACAUCAGGCAAGUAUUCUGAGUUGCCUGUAUUCUCCUGCUUUCGAGCAAAAAAAAAACUGUAUCAUCGAGCCAGAAGAUUUGAGAAGCAGCAACCACUUCUUUCGCACUAUUUUGGUUUCUUAUUUUCUUUUUGCCAUAGAAUCUUUUUAUUACGUAAGAUAUGACCGGAACUUGAGUACAAUAGCAGAGUAAUUUCUGCCGAAAUUUUGAGGUUUUAGGCCACUGUUGAAAACAAUUGUAUAAUUACAAAAAGGAAAUAUCAUUUUUCAGA